AUGUUAUUUUAUUAUCUAAUAAUUCAAGGGUUAUGUAAAACCCAAAUUGUCCUAAUUUAUUUUUUCGAAAUCCUCAAUCACCAAAUAAUCUGUCAAACUCCAAAUAAAAAAAAAAACAACACAACCUGAGCUUUUCGUCUACUGAUAGCAAAAACAAUUGUUACUAGACUAUCCGGGCACGAAAUCAGAAGCUGUCCAUCUUGUCCAUUCCCACCCCUACGUAGAACGGCUUUCCUGUCCACAGUAACCGGGUCCGCUUGUUCGGAAUGCUAAUUUAAUGUGGCUUCAUGAGAUAUGGUCGUGUGCGUGCUAUUGAAUACACCGCACUUGGCCCCCGUUACACUCGCGCUUAUCAGUGAAUGUUAGUGAGGAGCACGGUUCGUCCAGCGACAACUUUGACCGCGCCGAAACUUCGUCAGUUGCUCAACGAGAUCCGUCUUGAUAGGUACAAUCCAAAAUCGUGUCCCGGGUUCGGACCUCAUCGCGUACCGGCAGCAAGUACCGUAGUCCAGCCUACUGGAACCAACAAGGCCCAUCAUCUACUCACCCACCCACUCGGCCUCAUCGAGCUUACAUAAUCAAUUGACCUGAGACUUGUCACCAGUUGCCAUGGCAAUCGAACUACCUCGCGUUAACCUAGACGAACCGCGCUAUGACCAGAGUACCUACCUUAAUCGUGCCAAGCAUUUCCUUAUCGUGACCAAUCCGCUGAACGUGUUUGCCACCGAGGAGCAGCUUGACCGGGCUGCCCGAAUCGUGCGCGACUAUCGCGCCGGCAAACCCGUCCCAGAUGUGAGCAGUGUCGAUGAGCUAUGGAGCGCCAAAUAUCUGUACGACAGUGCAUUCCAUCCGGACACCGGCGAAAAGAUGCUGCUCGUCGGUCGUAUGUCGGCCCAGGUGCCGAUGAACAUGACCAUCACUGGAUGCAUGAUGACGUUUUACAAGUCGACACCCGCCGUCAUCUUCUGGCAGUGGUUCAACCAAUCGUUCAAUGCCGUGGUCAACUACACGAACCGCUCCGGUGCGUCACCCAUCAGCCAGGAGCAGCUGCUGACCUCGUACUGCAUGGCAACAGGUGGCGCCCUGGUGACUGCACUUUCGCUUAACCGUCUCGUUCGGAAUGCUCCGCCGCUCGUUGGACGCCUGGUGCCGCUUGCCGCUGUUGCCGCAGCCAAUUGCAUUAACAUUCCGCUGAUGCGCAUACAGGAAAUCAAAAACGGUGUAACGCUGCUGGAUAAGGAUGGCAAGGAACUGGGUCAAUCGGUUCGAGCAGCCAAGGAAGGAAUAUCGGCCGUCACGUUCAGCCGCAUCUUGAUGGCAAUGCCUGGCAUGGUGUUCACGCCGGUGCUGAUGAAUACGUUGGAAAAGCGUGGCUUCUUACGCCGCUUCCCGUGGGCAAAUGCUCCGAUCCAGACGCUCUUCUGUGGGUUGUGUCUUACGUUUGCCACACCACUCUGCUGUGCGCUGUUCAGCCAAAAGGCUUCCAUUAGCGUCGACAGUAUUGAGGAGGAACUGCGCACGAAACUGCGCAAGGAGCGUCCCGAGCUGGAUGUCGUAUACUACAACAAGGGUCUGUAGAUCCUUCUCGCAUCAACAACGCCGGAUAGCAACGUGCUUCGUCGUUUCGCUUGCACAACCCUGCUGCUCGCAGAUCGUGCGUGGUUUGGCACUCGUUUGCAUUUAGUAGUACAAUGUGCUUUUUCAUUCGAAUUUUACUAAUGACCUGUUUGGCGCGCAAUUCGACUCACAACACUCCACUUGCCAUAUUUGUCUGUCAGAACUUCUCUUAGUAAGUGUUAAGUUUAUGUCCAUUUCUGUGUCGCUCUAAGCAUAAAAACGAGCCAAAUAAAUAUUUAAUCAUGUGUGUUUGCUCGUGUACGACAAUAAACGUAGAAUAUACUUUCGAUGCUGAAAUGCCUGCUUGUGGACAUUACUGGGAAAUGGGUGGUAUAGGUCGUUUGUUCAUCGUGUGGCACAAUGUAGCAAUGAAUAAAUAACCUGCUCACUGAUCAUAACGAUCCUACAGUGAAA